AUGGAUACCAUUAAUGUUUUAAAAGAUGGAGAAAAUAUGAAUAAGCCUAAUUACUCAAAUAACUAUGAUACAAAUAGUUACCCGGCAGAGGUAAAUACUGACAUGUUUAAAAGAGAAUAUACUCAUAGUGACAUUAAAAACACAAAUUUAUAUCAAACAGUGAAUAUGAUUGAUGAUAUACAUCAAAAAAAAAUUAAUAUUAAUCCAAGUGAAAACAAAAAAAUGUCUUUGUUAAAGGAAAAAUAUGUUUACCAAAAUUUAGAAACAAAUAAUAAGAAAAAUGAAAAUUAUCCUUCAAAUAUAUAUCUUAAUAAUAAUGAUAUGAAUAUAUCAAGUAGUGCUAAUAAUACCCAUAUAAACGAUUAUGGGGCACGAAUAAAACUAUCUAACAUUGAAUCUACGAUAAAAAAAAAAGAUAUUUCUAACAAUUCAGAUAUAGUAAAAAAUUUAUUUGAUGCAAAUAAAUUUAGAAUUCAAAAAGUGAGCGAAGCUAAUGUAGCUAAUAAUAAUAACAGUAACAAUGCUAAAGAUAACGGGGCUAAGAAAAAUUUAACAAGUAUUUUGCCAUUUGAUAAAAUGGUAGAAGAAUGUGAUAUCAGCAAUUUAAUGUCUACAAAUCAGUUCAAAGAUUUAUAUAGACAUCAUAAUAUGUAUGUUGAUAAAAAUUAUCAAACAGACUCUAAUAAUGUAAUUUUUUUAAAUGCUUAUAAUGAGAGCAAAAAUAUUACUCAAAUAGACGCAUCACAUUUAUCGAAGGAAAAUAUUUCAUUAAAUAAAGGUUAUGAUAAUUAUAUAAAUAAUAGAAACACUCCUAAUACUAACGAAAUGAUAAAUGGUGAAGAACAUUAUGCAAAAAAUAGAACUAAUGUGAAUGAUAUCCCAUUUAAUGGCGAUCAUAAUUAUAAUAAUUUUUACGACGAAAAUCAAAAUACUACUAAUUUUAAUAACACUAAAAACUCGAAACCUACAAAUGUUUAUACUGAGGAUGAUGAAAAUAACAUACAAAAUAAUUUGUUUGAAGUUUAUGAUUAUAAAAAAAAUAAAAAAAUAAUUUAUUAUAAUGUAAAAAAUCAUUAUAAUCCAUAUAAUGAAGUAAAGAAAAAAGAAACAAGCAACCAAAAUAUAUAUGAUAAUAAAAUAUACGAAAAUGAUAUAUAUGAUUAUUUAUUACAACAAUAUGAAACAAAUUAUAAAAAUAUAAUGGAACGUAAAUUUUCUACUUCUAAUAAAAGUUCUACAAAUGAACAAAAUGAAUUCAUUUUAAACGGAGCAAAUUUAAAAAAAAAAUUUUCAAGAAUCUUUCAAAAUUUAGGUAUUACUAGUACUGACAACAAAAAAAUCGAUACACUUUCACAAUAUAAUGAUCAAAACACUAAUGAAAGUAUAAAUUACAAUGAUUAUAAAAAUAUAAUCAAAGAUGAAAAAAAUAAUCCAUAUACAAAUCCUUCAACUCUCAAUAUUAAUAGCGAUUUCAACGAUCAUAAUAUGUCUGAUAUUACUCCUCUUUGCGAAGAAAAUCGUGAUACUUAUUUUCGAAGUGGUAAAAGUUUUGAUUUAUCCAAUGAUAGUUCUAUGGAUAUAUUUAAAAAUACAAAAGAAAUAUAUACGGAAAAACCAAUGUUACUCUUGAAUUACGUUAAAGAGGAUGCUGUCUACUCUCGAGAUUUUAAAAGUAAAAUAGAAAAAAAAAAAACUAAUGAUGAAGAUAUUCUAAAAAUGAAUAAGGGAAUUAAAAAAAAAUUAAAAAAAAUGAAAUAUGAUAACACUGUUGUUAUUAGUAAUAUAGGCAGAAAAAUAGGAUCGACCACUUUUUCUAAUCAAAUAAUUUCUGAUACUCCUACUAUAUCCAAUGAUGAAGCAUAUUUUACCCUAAAUCAUAAUGAAGAAAAAAAUUGUAUAUAUUCUUAUAUUGUAUCUAGCGGAAAUCAAAUAAAUUAUGUUUAUUUAGAUUAUGAUAAAUUAUCAAAAAAUGUAGAUACACCAAACAUAAAUGAUAACACUAGCAAUAUUAGCAGUAAUGAAACAUUAGACAAAGAAAUGUUAAUUAAUAAUAAAACUGAUAUGGCAAAAAAAGACAAUAGUCAUAAUAUAAACAAGUUAUUAACAUUUUCAUUCUAUUUUUCAAACAUAAUAAUAAUUCAUAUCGAUAGUCAAAAUUGCUUAGAAAUCUUUUAUCUGUUAUCAGAUUAUUAUGAUAUUAUUAAAAAUAUUCAAAAUGAUAUAAAAUAUAGGAAGGAAAAAAAACAAAAUAUUUUAGAAGAAAAAAAAAAAAAAAGUAAAAUAAGUAAUAAUCGAAAUAGCAAUGAUGAAGAAAAAAAUAGUAAACUAGCAGAUAAUAAUGAUCAAACAAAGGGACCAAAAUAUUCAAAAUUCGAUUCUUAUGCUACCAAAUCUUCUUUAGAUGUUCCAUCGAUAUCUCUUAUAGAGGCAGGAUUGAAGGAAAAAAUUGAUGAAAACAAUAGCGAUAGUAAUAGUAAAGAAGAUAGUAUCAUAUUUGAUAACGAUGAAGAAAAUAAACAAAAUGAAGGAUUCCAAGUUCCACAUUUCUUCUUCGUUUUAAGAGAUGUAAAUGAAAAUGAACUUUCAAAAUUUAAAGAUGAAAAUAAAGAUAAAAUAAAUCGUUCGCAUAGUGAAAACACAUCCAAUUUUACUGAGAAAACUGAAUCAAGCAAUGAUAAUUAUGCUCAAAAUUAUUUUAACUUUUUAAUAAACAAAAUAAAAAAUAAUAAUACCAAAAAAAAAGUGAAAUAUUUAUUAAAAUUUUUAGGAAAAAAGAGCCUCUUUCUUUUCCCUUCUAUGUGUAAGAAUAACAAUAAUGAUGAAACCGAGAUAAAUGCACAAUAUAUGUCUGAAUUAAAAAAUUUAAAAAAAGAAUUAUAUAUACAAGGAAGAAGUAUAGACAAUAUGCAUAAGCAUGAUGGAAAAUAUAUGUAUAAAUAUUUAAAUAUGCUAAUUUAUACAACAAAUAAUAACAUUUUUUAUAGUCCUAAUCAUAUUAAAAAAAAAAUCGAACGCUUUGAAAAUAAAAUAUUAUACAAUAUUUUAACAGAUAAUUUUUUGCUUCAUAUUCGAAAUAAAAUAGAAAACAAAUUACCUAUGAAACCAAAUUUAUUUUUAACAUUAAUUAAUCAAAUAAAAAUAGAAUUUCUUGCAACUUUUGAUAAAUUUUCUAUAGGAAAUACAGAAAUCAAAAAUAGAUAUAAAACUCAAUUAUGCAACAAUAUCGAUAUUAUCAUAUUAAAAGCUUAUAAGGAAAAUAUAGCAUAUAGCUGUUUUACCUUUUAUAAUUUAAUAGACAAUAAAAUUAAUGAAUUAAAUAUUUAUGAAAAUAUAAAUAAAAAAUAUUAUAAAAAUUUUGAUCGCCUACGUAAAGAUAUUAACAAGCUAAACAAACAAGGUAUAGACAAUCUUAUAUAUAAUGAAAUUCUUAGUAUAAAAAAAGAAGAAAUGUUUACACAUUUUAUUAAUGUAUACUAUGAUGGUAAUAUUUCACCUUCAAGAGAAGAAGUUGAUGAUAAAUCAGAUUAUGAUUCAUCUUUUCCAAAUUUACAAAAGGCCAAUUUAAAAAAAAAACAUGCAUAUAUAAAUUAUCAAUCUGAUAAUACUAUUGAUUCAGUAGAAUAUAAUAAAAAAAUUACCAAAAAAAAAAGUAAUUCAUAUAAUAAUGCGGGACUAGAAAAAAGACGCUCUAAUAUUAGCAGAAGCAUUUCAAAUAAACCAAGCAAUAAGCAUAAAAGUUUAAACGAUCAAAAUAACGAUAUAAAUACCUUACGUAAAGGUAACAGAUCAAACUCAAAUAAUUUUUCAAUAAGUAAAAAUAUGUCUAUUAAUUUAGAUAUAUUAUUGAAAAAAUACAACCGACGACAUUCACAAAAUAGCUCAAAGCCAUUAUUACAAAAAAAAAAUAAAUCAGAUAUUGAACUAGAUAAUAACCAGAAAAAAAAUAAUUAUAGAAAAUAUAAAACUGACGGAAAUAUUAAUAUUCAUUCAAAUCAUAUCAGAAAAUAUAUGACCACUAAUGAUUAUUUAAAAAAUAUUGAUCUUUAUGUUAAUAAAAAAAAAAAUACAACAGACUUGAAUAAAUCAAAAAAUAAACAACCAAAAAGAAGAAAUACAGAAAAUUACGGAAAAAAGAAAAUCAGCUUUAAUGAAAAUAAUAUAUUAAAAAACUCUAAAACUUUUGGAGAAGACAAAAAAAAUAUUUUUAAAGAUGAAUAUUUUGGUGAUCAAUUUUAUCCUUUUGAGAAAGCAAAUGAGGACAAUCUCAAUAGUAAUAGUAACAGUGAUAACAGUAAUAUAGGCAAUAAUAAAUUUGAAAUUAAAAUUGAAAAUAAGAAUGCUAGUAAUGCUGAUGCAAAGAAGAAGAAAACGAUAAGUUGCCUUCCAAUGAACAAGAAAAAGUAA